AUGCCAUCCUCGUACGUGUGCAUUCUCCACUCCAGCAACGGCCACUACACGGACGAUCUGGUCGGCAACGCGCUGCGGUGUGUGCAUGCGCUGCAGUGCAGCGUGCGCGCCGGCGCACCUGACUUUAUUCCAUCAAUCGCCGUCUUCUUUUCGGACCCGCACAGAGGCGCCAAAUACGUCUACUCCUCGGCCGUGCCAGACCGCAACCACGCCUUGGAUCGAGUUGGGGCCACCUACCCCGUCUUGUCAGAUGCGACAGGGUCGGUGUUCUCACCCGAAGAGGACGGCGGGGGCGACGCCGCAGAGAGGACUGUCGCCUUUGCGCAGCUCUUUCGUUUGCGCUCGCCGCAAAUUCUUCAGCAAGCCGUAUUGCGGGCAGCACAGGAGCACAACAGCACCGUGCCAACCGCUGGUGCAAAGGCGGACGCAUCUUCCGUGAAGGGGUUCAGGGAGGCCCCCACUGCACCCUCGGGAUCUGCGUCGCCGUCUUCCGAUGCGGCGAACAUGUGGAGCUCUCUGGCGGGGGCACUACUGGCCUCGCUUUGCUAUCUGCGCGCGCACCCCAGCAGCGCUUUUCGGGGGGCGAAUAGGGAUGAGGCAGACGGCGAGGCCGGAGAGGCUCCUGGCGAAGCGGCUGCCGGGGACUCCACUAGCAGUGAUGCCGUGAAUUCUGCACCUCCGCCACGUAGUGCUGGAAGCGUUCUUGUGUUCAGCGACGCGAAGACAGCUGCCGUGCCGCCGUACAGUGCGGAGUGCGCUCUCGCCAUGGCAGCUGUGACAGCGAGCAAGAUGGGCGUGACUGUGUCGUGCUUCGGCGAAGCUGUGCUGCAGACCGACUCGACAGAGAACCGCCUCGUGGCGCUAGCCUCCAGCCUUGGUGGCUUCUGCGCUGGCCGGUUCAGCUUGCAUGACCUCGGCCACCUGCUGGAUGGUGCGAGUGCUGCCGUCUCGCUCAUCGGCAGCCGGGCCCGUCAGAGGCGGGAUCGGAUUGCUUCUCAGUACAUCGUGUGCCCUACUAUGCUGCCGCAGGCGCCUCUGCGAAAACGUCGCGCAGUGGAUGCUGCGUUGGCAGAGGACUCAACGGCUGAUUUCAAGAAAGUGACGACAGAAAAAGCCGAUACCGCCGCCCCCUCUGGGGCAAAGGGCGGCGAGCACGCCUCCUUCCUGGGCUGGUUGUGCCCUUCAUGCAUGGCGGUCAUCUAUCGUCCCUCAACAGAGGUCACCGGUACCGCGACUUUGGAUGCCCGCGCCGAGCACGGCGGCGGCAGCGGUACGAACCUGGCGAUGGGCCCCAGGUGUCCCUAUUGUAGCGAGGUGUGA